AUGCGUGGCUUCCGCGGUAGUCGGCUUGUUGCGCCUGUGGCGGACAUGGAGCCGCUGGUUGGGAACAGCUAUAGCAGUCGUAUUUCUGACCAAACAAUUGACAACGAUGGCUGCUUGAUGUCACAUCAGUCGGGCUUCUGGGAAAGUCCCCGAGGCUUCGGCAACACGGCAACCCUAGAGUCAUCUGUCUGCCCAGUGCAAUUGACGAGGGUUGAGAACUCUCCAUUUACAGAUCUUGUGGAUCCAUGUCCCGUUCUCCCAGCUGGUCUGGGAUAUCCACAAACGCCCGUCACGCCGACAUUUCUGUCCGGAGAACUGGCCGACAGGAUGACCAGUCCAUCUCUAGCGGGUUCUGUGGCUUCUCCGUAUCCGAUUUUGCCAUGCGAGUGUUUGGAUAUGCAGCUAUUCCACAUGAACCGGCUAAACCACCUACUCGCUGGAACAAUGCCGCUGCGGCUCGACCACAGCCUGCAGACAAUCAAAUGCACUUUUUGCGCCUGUCAGAUGUUCCUGCAGUGUACUAAGUGCGGGAAAGACAGCACCAACCUGCUGCUGACUAUCUCAGUACUGAAUCUUACCCUCCAGCUCUUUGAGUACUGGGUUUCGCGGGAAACGUCUCGCGCACCGCGGCCAGAACAUGGAGUCGAUAUCCGCUACGGAUACUAUGAGAUCAGCCAGGAGGAAAACCGGCAGAUUCGCAACUUCCUACUCCGCGGCCUGUUGCUACAGUGCCGGGAUGUAUUGCUAGCCCUGAAAAGCACCGCUAGUGCUGCUGAUAUCAAGUUGGGCGACCACAAAGGUCUGGCAGAGCUGAAACUACCAGAUGAGCACGCCAGUCAGCACUGGGCUCCUUCGGAGCAUAUCGACUUGCUUCCCGAAUUGGAUACCGAUCUUCUGAACUGUACACCCAAAAGCGAAGUCGACUUCAUGGGGGGAGUGCAUCUGUGGAUCCGGACGAACGAUGCAUGGCGAGUCUCUUUGAACUUCACCCCCAUACGGGAGGUCAACUUCUAUCUGUCGCUACUAGUUAUUACUACACUAAAAUUGAAUGGUGGUCAUAAACUCCCAUCUCUCUACUAUGUGUACCGCACAAUCUCGAUCCGCGCGGGCCAAGUAGCCAUUAUCACCGGUGCAGGCCAAGGCAUCGGCGCCGAAGCAGCCCGACUAUUCGCAAACGAAGGCGCCAAGGUCGUAGUCGCUGAUAUCGAUGCCGAAAAAGCCAACGCCGUCGCUGACACGAUCAACUCCGCCAAGGCUGACCGUGCCCUCGCCGUCGUCGGUGAUGUCCUCGAUGGUAACUACAUCACCGAGCUGUGGGAGACCAUGCUAGCUGUGCAUAAUACCGCACCCUUCCAGCUCGUGCGCGCCGCAGCACCUUACUUCCGAGUGAAAGACCAAGAGCCGCGCGUGGUGAUCAACAUCAGCAGCACCAGUGGCAUCCAUGGCAAUGCGGGCCAGGCUAAUUAUGCAGUUGCGAAAGCCGGCGUUGUCGGCCUGACCCGUACAAUCGCCAAAGAAUGGGGUCCAGCAUUCGGUGUGCGGGCAAACACCAUUGCCUUCGGCUUUGUGACGACCCGGCUGACUGCCGCUAAGGAAGAAGGCGCUUUUGUCACCAUGCCCGAUGGCACAAAGGUUGCCCUGGGCAUUCCGGGCAAACAGCUCGCGACUAAGAAGGGUGAGAAUGAGGAGGUUGCUACCCCUACUUACCCUGAUAUUCCACUCAGAAGGCCUGCGACACCCGUUGAGGCUGCAAGGGCGAUUCUGGGUGUUGCAUCGCCGUGGUUCUCAUACGUUAAUGGGGAGACGAUUCGGGUUACCGGGGGGCGGAAUAUGUAG